AUGCUGUCCAUCUGGUCAGCAAGCAUCAUCCUCGCUACCGCCUGCUCGCACAACGGCUCCUUCACCAUCAUGCAGGCGGAGCGCCACAUCACUCGGAACUUUACAUACAAAAGUGACUUAGAACUCGUCAGCAUCAUCCUCUACGACAGCGUGUUCGUGCCCCUGGCGCCCCGCGUCACGGGCCAGCCGUUCGGGAUCACCUACUUCCAGCGCAUGGGAAUCGGGCUGACCAUCGCCAUACUGGGCGUCGGCUCGGCUGCGCUCGUAGAGACCAAGCGCCGCGGCGUCGCGGCCGACCACGGUAGGCAGUACACCAUCCACGGCGCCGUCGCCGACGCCUUCGCGUCGGUUGGGCAGAUGGAAUUCCUGUACGACCAGGCGCCCGAGAGUAUGUGCAGCACGGCCGUCGCGUUAUUCUGGCUCUGCGGCUCCUUCGGGAACCACCUGAGCACGGUGCUCGUCACGGUGGUGCAGCGCGCCACGCUGGGCCGCGGCGACUGGCUCCGGGACAACAUCAACCGGGGCAGGAUCGACAGCUACUACUGGCUCAUCACAUUCAUCAUGGUGCUCAACUUGGGCCACCACCUUCUCUGCUUCCAUUACUGCACCUUGAAGCCCCUGGAGGUGGCGGAUGAACCUGGUGAUCGUGACAAGCAGAGUGAGCUCCCCUCUCCCCAGAAAAAAGUCCCUGGCGACGGGCGUCGGGAUGGCGUAAGAUUGAUUAGAGGGUAA